UCUACGCCAGUUUUCUCAAUAUAAGGAAGAUAUUUUCGUUACUUUGAUUCUUUGUUGAAAUGUAGGUUAGUUUCUUUCUGUCAUUUAUUUCACCUACUUAAGUCUAAAAACGUUUCUAUUUAAUUCCUCGGCCAUGUUGCAACUUACCAAUCAUGUAAUGAAAACACAACCUCGUGAAAUAACACCCGACGAUCUACCAAAUAAGGAAGACCACGAUAGAAAAUACGGCCGAAUAAAAACUGAAAACCAUAUUUAUUCGGCUACUAUUGCAGGUAAAGGACCUGCGAAACAUUUGGUUAACGAUGUAAUGUCCAUAGCGAUACCGGAAAAUCCCGGAUCGUUCCCUGAGCAAGGCCACUUGGUAUAUGUACCGUGCAUUCGAUGCACUCUCUUCUAUCAUUGUAAGUCUGAAACCACGAGCAACGCAAACGUUUUUAAGUGUGGAAAUCAUAUAUACAUCAACCACUGGGUGUUUUUCCGUUGUUCCCAAUGUCCAAAUGGCUCCAAUUCGCUUGACUGUUAUAAUACCUACCAAAUGACAAUUCCAUGUCCUCUUCCUUACUUGCUAAGAAUUUCAAACUUUUAUAUAGAGCACAACAAAAUCUGCACCGGUGGAUCAAGAUGUUCUCAUUUAUUAGCAAACCCGAAUGACUAUCAAUGCUGUAACGAUGUCGCUUUUAGUAAGACGAGCAUUGAAAAAUCUUUGUAUCCUAAAACAAUAAAAACUACACUGGAAACCCUCCCAGCCGUCGAUCUGCCGACGAAAAUUCAUCACAGUUCUCAUGACUGUGCUAUAGAUGGAUGCAUUGAUUAUCAAAUUUUAAUGGAGACUUUAAACAAUGUAUCGUGUCAGCUUACUGGCGACAUGUGGGUCGGGUCUUUCACAAGGAUUUUCAAGGCGGUUAACCUCCACAACAAGGAAGCUUUGUGCAUUAAAGCCGUAUGUCUGCAUCAUUACAAAAACACUGUUUGUCAUUCGGUCGAUACGGAAUUGACGCUUUUCAAACAAAUGAACGAUAAAGACAAAACCAAUGAAGAUGUUUUAUCUCUGUUAGGGGCAUUUCGUUUGGAAGACACUGUAUAUACGGUGUCGUAUCUACAGGAGAACGGUUCUUUGAUGGAGUACUUAACACGAGUUGGCUACCUCAGCGAGUUUGAAUAUAUAUCAAUGGUGGAGGAAAUAUGUUGCGGAAUAUCAUUUCUUCAUUCUCGCAAUAUUGCCCACAGAAACCUGACUUUAGAGAAUAUAUUGGUUGGUAAAAAUGGUAAAUUAAAAAUAGCUGGUUUCGGCUCCUCUUGCUUUGUCGCACCCGAUAGAUAUAUGAAUUAUCCGUUUGUUACAUAUACAUACGCUGCUCCAGAACUGUUCCAAACACGAAGUUUCGAUCCUCUAAAACCGGACAUUUGGGCUCUGGGCAUCAUAUCUUAUUACUUAUUUAAACGUGAACAUUUAUUUCCCGAUUCGUGUAUUCGUUCUCAAAGUUAUUGGCCUCUGAAACAAUGGAACCAUACAGAACUCAGUCGGAAUUUUAUCGAACAUUUGUUAAACCGUGAUUUUAUUCAACGCCCUAAUAUAAGCAGUGUGUUGACACAUAGCUGGUUCAGUCUUGCCCUCUAUGAGAUUUAUUCUGUCAAAAAAAAAUACACAAAUUCCUUCGAGGGUGGAAAAAAAAUUAUUGUAAAAAAUUAAUCUAAAAUUAUAGAGAACGGUUGGUUUGUCUUGCCGACAAUGUGACACUGAACUACUAACUUAGAGAAAAGAUAAAUUAAGAAAAUAAUUAAAAUUAUUAUAAUUACAUUAUUUGUUAUAAUUAAUACGUAGCAAUGCCUCAAAUUAAGUUUAUAGAACUUUAACUUAUUUAAAAUAACUUUAUAAGACAUUUUAUAAGUUUAAAUGCAAAUUGCUUUGUAGAGAAAAAUGAAUUACCUCAUGUAACCGCUUCAAAUUGUUAAUCUCUUUGGUCAGAUAUUUAUCUCUCCUUUCUUAAAAACUGCAACAUAUUUCAAAUCAGAAACAAAAUGCUUUAUUUUAUCCCGAUUUUUCUACAUUUUCCCCGCCGAUGUCGUCAAGUGUGAUUUAGCGUUUGAAAUCUUCGAAAUCGAAAUCAGAAAUCUGGAUUUUUAUCAUGGUUAUCGAUUAAAAUCGAUGACCAUAAUACCCUUCCCCUCCUUAUACUUGUGAACGUAAAAUAUCUUUAAUUUUGAAAAUAGAACUGGGUGUAAUAGUAUCGAGGCGAUGUUUUACCUCGUUUGCCGAGUUUACGAUAUGGUUUCGAUUCCCUAGAUAUAAUUACAUUUAAUUUUAUGUACGUUUCUGUUCUGACGUCUUUGAAAAAUAGUAUGAACGCCACAACAUCCAAUAUGCUCUUCUUUGAAUGUAUCGCAUCAAAAGGAAAGAAACCUAUUUUAGAACAAGAAUCUAACCAUUUUGUUAUAAUUUAAAAGCAUUGACUUUAAAGUCACUCACUCUCCCCCUCUUGGAUGUUUAUACAAAAAAAUCUUGAAUUAUUCUGGGUAAUUAAUCUCCUCUAUCUCUCUCUCUCAUACACACAUUCAUUAGUAAGUAAUCACUAAUUGAGUUUAGAUGCUCGUUUUUGUUUUGCUUUUUUUGUCCUUGUUGAAACUAAUUUAAUAUAUUUUUGUAGAAUGAUUAACAUGAGCAAUUAGUCUCGUCUAAUUUCUUGCAUCUCCUUAGCUACUCAGAUUCUUUUUGAGAAACACUCAACAAGAAAUGUCCAUUUAAUUUAUUUUACCCUUUGCUUGUCACGUGCAUCACAUGUGGUACACUGGACAUAUUUGCUUGGUGUCCAUGCAUCAAAUAUGAUACACAUUCAGAAGUUGUUGUUUUUUCUGUUUUUUUUUUUUUUUAAUUUUUAACCACCAGAGUAACUUGAGACUUUUGAAAGGAAAACUUUAUAUUAUUCAGAACGUAUGAAACAAAGGCUAACUAAAAAAUAAGGUAACAAGCAUGCAAUGGCGGAUGCAGGGAUGUUGCGCUAGUUGCCCGGGCAACACCCUUUAUAGAUGAGCUGACACCAAAAAGAAAAUUGGAACCAAGCAUUUUCGGGCAACUGUUUCAUAUACGAGACAUGACGAACAACAGUUAA